UCAGCAACAAAACCUAGCUCAUCAUCACCAUGACUGGCUGCAGUUCCUAUCUGCAAGGAUGUCGUACCGUCCCCAUUGGCCCGGCCACCACCCUCUGCUCCUCUGACAUAUACUGUCCGUGUGGAGUCUGCCUGCCCAGCACCUGUCCACACAAGAUCAGCCUCCUUCAGCCCAGCUGCUGUGACACUUGCCCCCCACCCUGCUGUGUGCCUGAUUCCUAUGUGUCAUCAUGUUGGCUGCUCAACAAGGGCUACCAUGCCCCAAACCUAAAAGGGAUCUCCCUCACCACCUAUGUGCAGCCAGGCUGUGAGGAUCCCUGUGUCCCAAGGUGCUGCUGACCUGUGGCUCAUGCUCCAUGCCUCAUACUGAAAACCCAAGGAACUGUCCAACCACUGUCUGCUUGUCUCAAUAGUUAUCACAAUCUUAAAGGAGGCAGGUGAUCUAGGCUAUGGAAACCCUACCUUUGUUUUUAAGGACAAGAAAUCAAGAAUUUGCUUAUGUGAUCCGGAUGAAUAGUCAUUUGACUGAUUUAAACAGGUGAAUGUCUUCCAUUGUGAAAGUGCUACUGAAAUCUUUAAGA